UUUUCUUUUUUAAAGAUACUUCAUAGUUCAAACAUUGGAAGCCUAUAUACACUUCUUCACGACAAUGAACUGGACUUUGGAACACCAGACACAGAGGUUGUUGGUGCAAUGCUGUAUGCAUCCAAGCGGAAUAUCACGUGGCUUUUGAUGGAAGACCCAGCGUCGUGUGACUUUAGUAAAGGAUGUGUUGUUGAAAAAGUAACAAACACUGGCUUUGUAUCAUUUGAGAGGACAGUUGUUAAGUUCAAUACAUUUUACUACAUAUGUGCUUACUCUGUUUCGACAUCAGUAAUAAGAGAGUUGAAUACAGAAGUGUUAGAUGAAAUAAAUACGUGUAGCAACGGUUUUAUUCUUGAUAGUAUUGCCCCAGUAGCUGGAAAAGUGGAAAUCCAAAACAAUAAUGGGUUCCUUGCCAGUCUUGAUGACAUUGAAUUCUCCUGGAAUAAAUUUGAAGAUAACAUAGAUGCGACACAAUUUGGAUAUCUUAGCAAUAUAGCAACAUACACCUAUGGAGUAGGAAGUCGUCCUCUCAAAGACGAUAUUAUACGGUUCACAAAUGUGGGUAACAAAACAUGAUAUGUUAUCAACAGUCUGGAUUUGCAUGAUGGUGCAUCUGUUUUUGUAACCAUUAAAGCAACUGACUAUGCCGGAAAUACAGCGUCAGCUUCUUCCAAUGAAGUUAUUAUCGACACAUCCCCUCCUUUGAAUGGUGAGCUGCAAAUUUCAACAAGUGAACACGUGCAAGAAACUUACCUUUAUCUAACGGAUAAAAUGAUAUCAGUUCAUUUAUCUGGUUUUAAAGAUGAAGAAAGUGGCAUCGAUCAUUUUGAAAUAGGUAUUGGAACUCAGCCUUUCUUUACGGAUAUCUUAUCAUCAACUGUUAUGCGCGAAGAAAAUUUUGUCAUA